GGAGAAACGAAAGUAAAAGGCUUUUUUUGUUUGUUUUAGUAGCUAGGCUUAUAUCACGAAAGGAGCUACUUGCAUUUUGGAUCUUAAUUUUUUCGGCAAUUAUAUUUUGAUCAAAAAGCAGGACAUCUCGAACACCAGAUAUGGCACGUAAUGCAGACAUCGACGAGGGACUCUACUCCCGGCAGCUGUAUGUGCUGGGGCAUGACGCCAUGCGUCGCCUGAAGACUGCUGACGUUCUUAUUGCUGGAAUGGGUGGGCUAGGAGUGGAAAUAGCCAAGAACAUCAUUCUGGCAGGAGUCAAAUCUGUAACAAUUCAGGAUGAGGGUUUAACACAGUGGACAGACCUGUCUUCUCAGUUCUACCUGGGUGAGUCCAGUGUGGGCCAGAAUCGGGCUGAGUGCUCUCAGCCACAGCUGGCUCAACUCAAUGCCUAUGUCAAAGUGUCCACCUACACCGGGCCUCUCACAGAGGACUUUCUGGCCCAAUUCCAGGUGGUGGUGCUCACUGACUCUUCCCUGGAUGAGCAGCGUCACUUUGGGGAUUUCUGCCACUCCAAUGACAUCAAAUUCAUUGUGGCUGACACCAAAGGACUUUGUGGACAGCUCUUCUGUGACUUCGGAGAAGAGUUUGAGGUCCUGGAUUCUGACGGGGAAACUCCCAUGUGCUCUAUGCUUGCCCAUAUCUCCAAGGGAAAUCCUGGCAUUGUCACAUGCCUAGAUGAGGGCCGGCAUGGGUUUGAGGAUGGAGGUUAUGUGACAUUUUCUGAUAUCAGAGGCAUGACAGAACUCAACUAUCUUGGGCCGGUCGAGGUGAAAGUCCUGGGCCCUGACAGCUUCAGCAUUUGUGACACUUCAACGUUCUCUGAAUAUAAGAAUGGGGGAGUUGCCACAGAGGUCAAGAAGUCAAUGAAAUGUACCUUUGAACCCCUCAGCAAAGCUCUAGUGCACCCUAAAAUGGUAAUUACGGACUACGGGAAAGGAGAGAGGCAUGAAACACUGCAUUUGGCUUUUCAAGCCUUGCAUGCCUUUGUGAAGACCAAUCAAAGAUUGCCAAAGUCCAGAGCUCAGACAGACGCUGAAGCGCUCCUGUCCUUGGUGAGGGAGCUGAAGGAGGAGGCCCAGCUGGAACAGGGGGAUGUGGACCUUGUGCGGAAGCUAUCCUUCACUGCCCGGGGGGACCUGGGCCCUGUCAAUGCUUUCAUCGGUGGCCUCGCUGCACAGGAAGUGAUGAAGGCCUGCAGUAGGAAGUUCACUCCUCUGCAGCAGUGGCUGUACUUCGAUGCUCUGGAGUGCCUGCCUGAAGAGGAUGAGCCAGCACUGCUGCUAACUGCUGAGGCCUGUGAGCCUAGAGACAGCCGGUACGAUGGGCAGAUAGCAGUGUUUGGAAAAGCCUUCCAGGAGAAACUGGCCCUGCAGAAGUACUUCCUGGUAGGGGCAGGUGCCAUUGGCUGCGAACUGCUGAAGAACUUUGCACUGAUUGGUCUUGGUGCUGGAGAGGGCGGGAACAUCACUGUGACAGACAUGGAUUCCAUUGAGCGGUCAAAUCUGAAUAGACAGUUUCUUUUCAGGCCCCAAGACAUUGGAAGGCUGAAAUCGGAGGUGGCAGCGAGAGCGACCGUGGGCAUUAACCCCUCCAUGCGGAUCACAGCACACCAGAACCGAGUGGACCCCGACAGCGAGGUGGUCUACGGGCACGGCUUCUUCUCGGACCUGGACGGAGUGGCGGCCGCUCUGGAUAACGUGGAAGCCAGGGUCUAUCUGGACAGACGCUGUGUCAUGCAUAAGAAGCCCAUGCUUGAAGGUGGCACUCUCGGGAGCAAGGGGAGCACCCUGGUGGUCCUGCCCUUCCUGACAGAAUCGUAUGGCCAAGGGAAGUCGGGGUCUGUGAAGGAGUUUCCCAUCUGCACCCUGAAGAACUUUCCUUACCGCAUUGAGCACACACUGCAGUGGGCCAGAGACCAUUUUGAGGGGCUCUUCAAGCAUCAAGCGGAAAAUAUGAACCAGUACCUGGAUGAUGACGGCUUCCUGGAGCGCACGCUGGAGAGGGGAGAGGGCGAGGCUCUGGAGAUCCUGCAGGGGCUGUGCCAAAGCAUGGGGGACCAGCGUCCGGCAGGCUGGGAGGACUGCGUGGGGUGGGCCCGUCGCAAAUGGGAGACCCUCUACAACAACGAAAUCCAGCAGCUCCUGCACUGCUUCCCCUGUGACCAUAUGACAAGUACUGGUUUGCCCUUCUGGUCAGGCCAAAAGCGGUGUCCUCAUUCUUUGACUUUUGACCCCAACAAUACCACCCAUAUGGACUACAUUGUAGCAGCAGCUAACCUCUAUGCACAGAUCUACGGGAUUGAGGGUACGCGAGAUCGCACAGCUAUUGGCAUGGCGCUGCAGAACGUCCAGGUUCCCAACUUCACACCGAGGUCCGGAGUGAAGAUCCAUGCCACCGACCAGGAAAUGGAGAAAGACAAGGGAGCCGUGGAUAUGGACUUGUUGGAGUGUCUGAAACAGAGGCUUUCUUCACCCCCAGAGGACAAGAACUCCUUCAUGAUGCAUCCGGCUGAGUUUGAGAAGGAUGAUGACUCCAAUUUCCACAUGGACUUCAUCGUUGCAGCAUCGAACCUGAGGGCUGAGAACUACGAUAUCACUCCUGCUGACUGGCAUCAGAGCAAGCUGAUUGCCGGCAGGAUCAUCCCAGCCAUUGCCACGACAACGGCGGCGGUGGCGGGUCUCAUGUGCCUGGAGCUGUACAAGGUGGUUCAGGGCCACAAAAACAGGAAGUUCUUCCGCACAGCCUUCAUUAACAUGGCCGCGCAGUGCUACGUCAUGUCUGAGCCCACAAGAGCCCCCAUCUACCGCCUUGCUGGAAAGGAGUACUCCAUGUGGGACGAUUUUCCGGUGCAGGGCAUGAUCACAUCUCAGGAGGAAAUGACCUUGAGGGAGCUCAUUGCCCACGUCAAGCAAGAGUACAAUUUGGAGAUAAUCGACUUGUAUUAUGGACCUGCCACUCUGUACCGCACUGGCUCCAACGAGGAAAGACUGGAACAAAGUGUGUCCGAUGUGGUGCGCACCGUUACCAGAGCUGAGAUCCCUCCGCACCAGCAGGUCCUGGAGUUCUUUGCCGCAUUCGCUGAAGAAGAGGACGAUGACGCAGAUCUACCCAUCCGAUACCGCUUCAGAUGAAGUCAGCCAGGCUCAGCCACCACGAGGACCUGAAGGAAGAGGCAUCACCAUGAGGAUCCAAACAGCAGCUUCAGUCAACCUUUGAUUAACCUUUGAUUAGCUUUUAACUGUGAAUUACAAAUACAUCUGUGUUUUCUUAAUGAUUAUUACUGAAUUUACCAAUCUGCAUUAUUUUUGCACGAAAUUUCUAUACUUUGGCCUUUUGGAUGGUUGUGGUUUACAAUCCAGGAAUGAAAAAUCAUGCACUUUAUUAUUAUUAAACUGAAUUAUAGUGUAUUCAUGCCUCAUUUCUAUCUUAAGACUUAGGCAUGGCUUACUGGUUUAGCCUUAAAACCUAGCCAAAACUUUUUUGGGUAAGGGAGACUUGAUAUACAUGGCUAAAGAUUACUGCAACUCCCUCCUAGCCGGUCUCCCAGUGUGUGCCAUCAAGCCCCUCCAGCUGGUCCAGAAUGCUGCAGCCCGCCUGAUCACCAGUCAGCCCAGGUCGGCUCAUGUCACCCCGCUUCUCAUUGGCCUCCACUGGCUUCCUAUUGCCGCACGCAUCCGAUUCAAGGCCCUAGUGUUGGCAUUUCAGGCUACUAAGGGGACUGCCCCACCUUACAUACAAUCCUUGAUCACUCCCUACUCCCCUGCUAGACCACUCCGGUCUGCCAGCUCUGGUCGCAUUAUGGUUCCCUCUCUACGUGCACCUGGCGGUCGAGCUGCACGUUGACGCCUGUUUUCUGUUCUGGUUCCUCAGUGGUGGUAUGACUUGCCUACCACUGUCAGGACAGCAGAAUCCCUCCCCCUAUUUCGACACAGACUCAAAACACACCUUUUCAAACUCUACCUUAGUCCUCCCUCCUGAUUUCCCCCGCCCCCCCUUUCUGAUAUCCCUAUCCUCCUUGUCUAACCCAAAAAACAAAAACAAAAAACAUUUGCACUUAUGAUGGCGACUAUAUGUUUAGAAUUUUCCUAGUUAUAAAUGUGAUGCUUUGACUUUGACUUUGGAUUAAAAGCAUCUGCCAAAUGACAAAAAUGUAAAAUGUAAAGAUAACUCUUUGUGUAGAAUUGAGCUUUAUCUGACCUGUGUUUGCAUUCCAAUGACUUUCGGUAUUCACUUAUUGUACGUCACUUCGGAUAAAAGCGUCUGCCAAGUAAAAUGUACUGUAGUGUCUGCAUCCACAUUUUAUUUGCAGCUGUUAGAGUGAGCUACUAAUAAUGGUAAAGGUGUGAUGAAAAGUGAAAUGUGAACAAUGAUGAUUCAGUUAACCACAGCGGGUGUCUUUGCAUGGUUUUUUUCAUUCUGUGUCCCCGCUGGUUGGUUACAGUUCUCAUUUGUUAUUGGCAUUUAGCCUGGAGUGCACUCACUCCGUUCCCUCUGCCAUGCUUUCUAAUGCAUAGCUCCCUUUCCUUCUCUUUGUGUUAGUCCACAUUUUCAGGAAGUGGAGAACAGAGCAAGUUGUUUGUCUCCUCGUCUCUGUCCUGUCUGGAUUGGCAGCACAGAUGCCUAUUCCAUAAAUCCACGGGACUUUCAUGAAUUAUUACUUACUUUUCAAAAAGACUCAUUCUUUUCUGCAGCUAUGUUCGAAUACUUUCAGACUUAUGCUGUAAGCUUGGGAAUUCCAGAGAGUUCUGUGGAACUUCUGUGGAACUUCUGUGGUGUCCCUGCUGACAUUUUCUUAUAAGUUCCCACUCUGACUCAUCCACAGUUAUUAUCAAAAUGGAUGGCUUGCAAGCUGUGCUUUUAAUCUGUUAGUUGUUUCCUAAUCGAAUUCUAAUGUUGUGAAACACGUUUUGGUGUGAUAAGGGAUACAUUUAUCAUGAGCCUCUGGCUUUCACUGUCCUCUCUAAGCCAUUGGGUUGUCUGAAGGGAACUAUUGUGGUACUAUCCCUCAUCCCCCUAAGAGAAACUGCAUGCUAUGCAAUUGGCCUACAUGUUGUUGUCCUUAUUCUCCGCUGUGAUUAAAUUAAAAGCAUAAUUGAUCAGAAACAUUUUCCUGUUUACUUCAAAAACCAUUAUCCUUUAAUUACCAGAGUCACAUAUUAUACACAGAUAUAGAGCAGGUGCUGAAAUAAUAUAAACAAAUAGUUUUUUUGUUUUCCAUGAAACUGAAAUGAACAGUAAGUACUCUUCCACAUGUGUGUGCAUGUUUGUUGGCUGCCAGUUAUGAUGUUAAGGCACGGUGGAGCACAGUGUUUAAGACAAGGAUAUGGAUAAAGUUUUCAAAUCAACCAUCUCUGGAUUCUUAACCAUCUGGACACAGCUGGUCUAUGGCUGCACUCCCCUGGGAAUGGCCAUUAGCUCAUCAGCCUCAUGCUGCUGCAAUCACAGGGGACGUGUUGACAUGGCCUUCCUCCCUCUUCUCGACCUUGUUUUCUGUUCUUCAAGAGACAUUUUAAACCCACCACAGAGCGAGAGUCAGUGGUACACAUGGAGCAGAAUGACUCAAAAUCCCCUUAUUCCCAACUGCAUUUUGGCAUGUUUUUGUUCAUGCUGAUUUGAGAAAAUACCAAUAUUCACAACUUCCUGCUCGUAGUUUGUUUCUCUUUCUGCCUGUGAUUGUGUGUGUUCACUAAUGUCACCAUAAUGAUAAUACAAUUAGUCCAUUUGUUUAUAAGAGCUAUUUCACUGAUGUUUGGGAAAUGUGUGGGAAAUCUUGCCAGGGAAUACUCAUACACAGCCAUUGUUUUUGACCUUUAGCUCUAGCUUGAGUUUGGUUAUGGGGUUUUCUGUGUUUUUAUUCCUCCUGUUUCCUGUGCAUACAGAGCAGUUUUUCUAGCUACCAGCACUGCCCCAUGGGAAGGUUGUUGCUGACUUGUUCAUCUUUUCUGUUGCUACAGUUGUUUCAUAUCCGAUAUCCACAGAUCGGUCGGUCAAUGCUCUGAUGAAGGUAGCAAUAGCUUAGGUAUAUUAAAGAGACUUCCAAUGC